AUGCGCUGCGCGUACGCAUUUCUCUUAAUUCCGAACCAUUCAAUGUCGCAAAUGGAGCGUUUAGUAGUUGUGGGGGUCGACCAAAAUUAUUCCCAUUACGGCGUCUACAAACCUCAAAUUACAGGCAAGUUUCCGGAGGUUACUUCAGCACCUGAUAUAAUUAUGACUCAAUACUCUAUCAAUAAUCCAGGAACGUAUGUACGGGCGUACUGCUCCUUCAAUAUCCCAGCAAUAGAUAUAGUAGCAGCUAUCAAGGCUGAUCUAGAAGACAUUACAUAUUCGUCUCAUCGUAACUUCAAUGUCAAUGAAGAAGAACUUGCGCUAUGUCGAGCUCGCAUUCAAGCAAUUCCUUUUGGUCAGAACGAGACAUCGGCCAUAUCACUUCAAUACCUCACACAUAAUAAUCCUUGUACUGUGGGAGAAGUAUUCAACUUAAACUUCCGGCAGGAAUUGAGAAUAGUGGGAGACUAUACUGAUUUUAUAAAUUCCUUCUCUAUAGCACCAAUAUGGAUAUAUGCAGAUUCACCCGUAAACAUACAGCAGAUUUUGUCGCAUGACCACAUCUAUGGUGAAGUGCGGAAUGAAGAUGAUUUCCGUUUCACAGAUUUGAUGGCAUGGUUUCAAGGUCAUUUACAUAUAUUUCGUGUAAGAUGGCGUAUUUCGGACAUCAUCGUGAUGACGGUAAUAGGUAGGGAAGCAGCUAAUUCAAGCAGGCUUCUGAAUGGUUUGCUUAAAAAUUUCAAAAAUUCCGAAGAACUCGUCACAAUUGUCAAAAAAGUUAAUGAUAACUUCGAUAUUUGGGACUCCGACCGUUCUAUUUCAUGGUACAAAUAUCCGGCAGUGAAGUUGCAAAUGCUUGAGGUGGAAAGAAAAAUUCGCAGAUUCAAUUUUGGGUCGCUCCCUAUUUUCCAUUUUUCGAGCGAAAUAAUGUAG